AUGGUAGAAGCUGCGGGACGAACAUUUUUUGAGUGCAUCUAUGCAAGACAUUUUAAAGUUGUGAUCGCAGCAAGAUGUACGGAUCCGCUGUUGUGGACUUUUGGUUCAUUUCUUGGACUUUUUGUUAGCGCUUUACAAUCAAUACCACUGGCAACAAAUGGAUGGGUAUACGUUACUGAACCGCGACCAUACAAUAAAACAAAUGAAAAUGGAGAUUUGAUGGAUACUAUUUUUCUCUACAAUGCAGGUUAUUUUGUAAUGUGUCGUGAGCACAAAGGAGAAGAGAGCACGGCUGCUGAAGAUGUUCGAUCAUACUUAUCAACUGAAGAAGCGGCAUAUCAGUGUUAUUGGAACCCAAUCCUUACUGGAAAAGAUCUAACGGAAUUUAGUUCUGCAACACUCGCUAUUGAAGGGCGUCUCGCAUUGCCUACCUCAAUGCAUAUUAUUGGUGUCACCAUCUGUUACAUGGCAUUUUAUUUCGGUCUCAUUGGUCAUAUAAAACGCAGCUCAAAAACACUUCUUGCCGCAAUAAUGUACAUUUUCGGAGGCCUUGUCGUCCUGGUUGGUGUCCUACAGUUCGUUUGCGUUGUUGACGAUGAGUUAGCGCCACGAAUGAAACCGAAUGCAGCUGGCGAACCAUCUAAAUUUAGUUUUGUAUACGGGUAUUCAUUCUUCUUUACUUCGUUAUCUUUUCUACCACUACAAAUGUGUGCCUGUUGUCAUGCAUUUCUUUAUUUCCGACGCUUUCCAACUGCACUUGACAAAAUGAAAAUCGUACCAGGUCUUGAAGCGCAAUUGAGGCGUAUCCAAGUAAUAAUGGCGUUAGAUUCGCCGCCACCUGAAACACUUCAGAAAGCACCCAUAUGCGCAAUCGUGUAUUCCAACCAACCAACUAGUCGGAAAUCAUCACGUUAUAAUCUUAAUUCACCGCUUCUGAUCCAUUCACCAGUUGUAUUGCCUCCAUCAUUCCCAGAAUCAUUAUCAACAACAACUGUACGUAAUUCAAUAAAUCAUUAG